CCCUGGACUCCUGGAACAAACUCUGCCUGGCCACUCUCCUGGACACUGACGUGACCAACCCAAUGGAGUAUGACUUCAACUUCCAGCUGGAGAUCCGUGGGCCAUGUCUCCUUGCAGGAGUGGAGAGUCCCACCCAUGAGAUCCGCGCAGAUGCUGCUCCAUCUGCACAUUCGGCCAAGAGCAUCAUCAUCACGUUAGCCAACAAGCACACCUUCGAUCGGCCAGUGGAAAUCCUCAUCCACCCCAGUGAGCCCCAUAUGCCGCACAUCCUGAUGGAGAAGGGGGACAUGACCCAGGGAGAGUUUGACCAGCACUUGAAGGGAAGAAUGGAUUUCAUUAGAAGGACAAAGAAGGGCAGCAGUGCCCAGCGGAAGGUGAGCACUGGCAGCAGAGCUGGGGGUGCUGGGAAUUUGGUCUCACAGAAACAGUAA